AUAUUUUAAAUUGUUUAAUAUGUUUGUUAAUUGGACAUUGAACUAAAUUAUGUUCUACACAUUUCAUUCAAAAUAUAAGUAAAAAACCAAAAUAUUUUAGUUGUCAUUCAGAAGUAUUUCAUAAACCUGAACUGUCAUUUCACAUUAUCAUACUAAGAUCAGAUACGAUGCAUAUUUUCUUUUAUUAAAGUAGAAAGCUACAAAGACCAACACCACUUCAUUGCUAUCAAUAUCACUGUAUAUAAGAGUUUCAUUUUGCAAUUAUUAUACAAAAAAUAAAAUACUGGAGUCCAAGAUAAAGACUGUAUUACUGACAUAUAUUUAUACUGCUACCUGGAGCUACAAAGAAGGGGUGCCUGGAGAAAAAGAAUGGUGAGCGGAAAUGUACUGUUGGUGUCAAGGAUUUCGGUCUAUGCUGUAAGAAAAUUAAACUAUGAGAAAUCUCAUCCUAGAAGAGCUGAGAAUCUGGUACAAGAACCAAGGUGCAUGCAGAUGAAAAAGAUUUUCAAACAUUGUCAUUACACAAUAUGAAUAAAUUUGUAGAAUCAUGGAGACCUGAAAUGCCGGAGUAUAGAAAGAAGUCAGAUUUUAUUGGUUCUGCAAUUUUCUGGCCCUGUGACCACAAGUUAAUCAAUUAUUCACUCAAGGUGACCAUCAUCACUCAUGUGGAUUACUGCAAUUGCUUCCUAAUUGUUCUACUUCCAUUCCUCCCCCUACCUUUAAUCCAUUCUCCACAAAGUAAUCAAUAUCUUUUCAAAAAUGUGAGUCAGAUCACAUCACUUGUAUGCGUCAAACAUUCCAAUAGCUUCCUAUUACUUUUAGAAUAAAAUCCAAACCCUUGGACAUGGCUUAAAAGGCUGGUAUUACCAGGCCUUUGUUACCUGUUCUGACCCCAUUUCCUACCACCUUCCACUCUGCUAUGUUGGGAACACAGUGGCCUUCUUUCUGUUCUUCAAUCAUUCUAUCUCUUUCCUUCCCUUGGGCCUUUGCUUGGCCUGGAAUUGUUAUUGAGCAGGUAGCUCCUUACCAUCGUUCAGGUCUAAACUCAAAUGUCACCUCUUCAAAAGGUCCUUACUUUACUACCCCUUCUCAUGACUGUCAAUCAUAUUAUGUUAUUCCAUUGUCUUCACUGCACUGAUUGUUAUCUGAAAUUCCCUCAUUUCGGUAACUGUUACUUGAUUAUUUUCUGAGUCCCUCAGUAGAAAGGACACUCCAUCACAAAAGUGAUCUCCCGACUUGUUCCGUGCUAUAGCGCCAGCAAGUCGAUUGGUGUCAGGCCCACAGUUGAGAGGGCAAUAAAUAAAUAAAAUGUCGAAUGACUAGUUAAAAUGUCUCAGGCCUCCAAGUUCCUCAUCCACAUAGUGGGGAUAAUUAUACCUGCUCUGGCCAUUAGAAAUGGCCACGUAGCAAGCAGAAAUACAGCCUAACUUUUAACUAAAUUCUUACUAUGCCUCAGUCAUCAUGAAAGUCACGUUAUACGAAUAUUCUCAUUUACUGUUCUGAUUUCCAUUUUACAAGUAAAGACAUCAGGUCUUAGAAAGGACAAGUAACUGACCUAAGGGCACAGUGCCAUGGUGAGGACCCGGGUAAAAAUCCAGAACCGCCUAACCUCAGAACCUGAGCUCUUAACUGCUAUUUUAUAGUUUCUAGAAAGAUGCUUCCUUUUAACACAGUAAAAUCCGCUACGCUUUCUGCCCUCCUCGAGUUCGUCCUAUGGGACAACUGAAGAAAGCUAUCACAUCCCCCCACGGGGUUCGUUUCUUUUAGUCUCUCCUUAAAUGGCCCUCCUAUCCUGGUCACUCUCUCCCGAACGAACCAGCUUGACAGCCUCCCUCCUGCUCCAGCUGUGGUGCUUUCCACCGGGCAAGUUGUAAGGGGCAUCAGAGCAGCGGAAGUCGACUGCCCACGGGCUGAGAAAAUGCAGGUGUCGUGGGUGUCCAUGAAGGCUGCGGUUAACGCAGGAAGGCUUCCUGAGAGAGGUGAUCCCUGAACCAAGUCCAGGGCAGUAAGCACAGGAGCCAGCGGCCAGGGGACCCCAGGAGAAAAGACCACGGGAGAGCGUCGCCGGGGCUGCCAGGUGGAGACAAAGGCUGGUGGAGUUUAAAUAAAGAUCACAGGCACAACUCCAAGUGAUGGCAAGCUUGCACGCGGACGGGCGAAACGCAUUUUCCUAAACGUUAAGAGACGCUCUGGCGAGAAGCGAAGUGGAACAGUCACAAAGCAAAACGCAAACUUACCAGUAAUCUCGCAACCCGGCCUCCGUAGCCCGACUGCAAGCGCUGCCACCUGAGGAGCCUGGUAGCCAAGGCAGCGGCAGGCUCAACCCAGAUCUCGCGAGACGGAGCAUGCCUCGCGAGAUUUCACCUCUCGUCCCUGAGAGGCCGGUGGGGGUUAGUUCAGGGGGUUAUGGGAGGACUCUGGCGUCCGGGAUGGAGGCGCGUAGCUUUCUGUGGCUGGCGCUGGAUCCACCCUGGGUCUCCAACCAGGGCUGCAGAGAGGGUAGAGCCGUUUCUUAGGCCAGAGUGCAGUGGGACAGGAGGUGCCGGGAGAGGACUGAGGUGGCUUGGGACAUGGAAGCGCUGCAGCCUUGGAGCCCGGCAUCCAGCAUUGCAGCCGCCGCGGCGGCAUAAGAACUCGAACCCUUUCACGCGCGCGCAGAAGGAGGAGUGGCGGCGGCGGAACAAGACGACCCUCACUUACGUGGCCGCUGUCGCCGUGGGCAUGCUUGGGGCGUCCUACGCUGCCGUACCCCUUUAUCGGCUGUAUUGCCAGACUACUGGACUUGGAGGAUCAGCAGUUGCAGGUCAUGCCUCAGACAAGAUUGAAAACAUGGUGCCUGUUAAAGAUCGAAUCAUUAAAAUUAGCUUUAAUGCAGAUGUGCAUGCAAGUCUCCAGUGGAACUUUAGACCUCAGCAAACAGAAAUAUAUGUGGUGCCAGGAGAGACUGCACUGGCAUUUUACAGAGCUAAGAAUCCUACUGACAAACCAGUAAUUGGAAUUUCUACAUACAAUAUUGUUCCAUUUGAAGCUGGACAGUAUUUCAAUAAAAUACAGUGCUUCUGUUUUGAAGAACAAAGGCUUAAUCCCCAAGAGGAAGUAGAUAUGCCAGUGUUUUUCUACAUUGAUCCUGAAUUUGCUGAAGAUCCAAGAAUGAUUAAAGUUGAUCUUAUCACUCUUUCUUACACUUUUUUUGAAGCAAAGGAAGGGCACAAGUUGCCAGUUCCAGGAUAUAAUUCAAGUCAGCAACUAAGUCUUCCUUCAAAAUUGUGAUUUUUGGGAAAAUCGUAUAUCCUAUCUUCUCAAAGGAGAAAUAUUGUACAAUAAUAUGAAGGCUUAUAUUUUAAAUAAUUAUUUUUUCUCAACUAAUGUAUUUCACUUAAAGUUGAGAGAACAAGUUCAGCUUUUAUCAUAAGAAACCCACAUGCCUAGCUAGAAUAUAUGACUGACUAUUCAAUACCAUACUGAAGAGUUUGAUAGUAUUAAAAUAAGCCGCUUUGUUUUUUAAAUAUGCAGAGGCAUAGGUUCAGCUUAAUUCUAUAAUUCCCUUCCAGAUUAUUAACUCUUCAUACUUACAGCAAUGAAUCUGACAAUGUUUUUCAAAAAUGUAUGCUCAAGGUUAUUUGUUUCAAGUCAUAGGCUAGAACUUCUGACCAUGUUUAUUGUGUCUAAAAGAGUUGGUUGCUAUUUUCCUUCAUUAUGAAUAGUCAGUAUUUUAAAAGCUCAAAGUAGAAGAGGAGUCACUAAGCCCUAACAGCUUGUCCAAAGAUUUAAAUUCUUAUUUCAAAUUUGAUUUGUCCUUUAAUGUUUUAUAUUCAGAGUUCUGAAUAAUUACUUUGAAAUUGUAGUAUCAUAAAAUUGAAAUAAAAUACAUCUACUAGGCUGUUAGCCAAAGCAUCAUCAUUACAAGUCCAUGAAUGUUAAAAUGUACAGGUGGGAUUGUGAAGAUUUACUGACAUCAAAAGUUCUUCUGGGAACAAACCUUUGUUAAAAAAAAAAAAAGUAUUAAAUUAUUUUAAUAGUGAUUUAUUUGUCAUCAAAUGUACAACUUAUUCUAAAUAUUUUCAUUUUCUGUGUUCUAAAUAGAAAUAUUAAGUUGCAGUAAAAAGAGAAAAAAAGUCUAUUUAGCAUUACAAAGAAUCAUAUUUAAAGGUUGCCCAAUGUAGAGUCUAGUGACCUGUUCAGGACACCUGAAAUAUAAUUAAAUGACAAUUAUCAAGGUUUUAACAAUCUAUAAUUCUAAACCAGAGGAUUAUAAAGAAGUGCAAAUUGACUUUUACAUUCAACUUUAGUUAAAUGAAGGCACUCAGUAUUCUUCCUGAAUAAUACAUUCAGUUUCUCACAUUUUAUGCUUUCAUCUAUUCAGAAUUAUUUCGUAGUAAAAUAAUCUACUCUUAUCACAGCUGUGUGACGAAUUCUAAAUGUAGGAAGGCCUGUGAAACAUAUGACACUGCAGUUAAAUUGGUUGGCCUAAGGACUAAGUAAUUUUUCUUCUGCUGAAGUUUUAUGUGAGUAUUUGUUCCAAACAAGUUCUGUUGAAAUCUCACGCUGUUGUCAGGAAUCAGUGUUAUCCUGGAACUGUUAUUCUUCUAUUUAAUCUUCAUUAUAGCAGAAAUGUGCCACCAUGGCUUUGACAUGUUGGUAGGUAUUGUCUUCCAGGCUUCAAAGCUGCACAGAGUCUACCUUUUAGAGAGUUGGCACCUUUGAUGUGGUAGUGAGCUGAUCAUCCACUUUCUUCUAAAAUAAAGAGAAAAAAAUGGCCAGUA